GUGUCUAAUCAGCUUCCUUCUCAUCUCUAAAGGUAAGAGCACCUCUCUGAACCAUUCUGAUAGCUCAUCUGUCACAGCUAUAGGCAAACGUAGAUUCAUAAUAUUUUAGUAAAAUGGUUUGAAACCAGCAUUUUUUUUCAAUGACAAAACGUAACAUAGACGGCACUUCUGGACAGGAUUUAAUAUAGCAGGUUGCUGGACAAAAGACCUAACGCGUUUCGGGAUCAAAUCCCUUAAUCAUAGGUUAACCUUUUUUUUCCUUACAUUUUUUGUGGACCCCAGAACACCACUAAACCUUAAGUAGACUUCUUCAUGAUAUUUUUGGCAAUUUCAUAAACCAUUCUUAUUGUAACUGAGCUGAUAAAUGGCAAAUAAUAAUAACACGGUUAUGCAUUUUCAAUGCAAAAACAAAUGGUUGCUAAAGGAGAUGGACUUGGUGGUUAUUCUGUAGUUAAACAAUUGUGAAAUAGUAUGCAGAAUCAAGAAUGCUUAUUUUUUCUUUACAUGGAAUGUAUUAGAUGGUAUACUUUUGAACUUUUUUAAAAUGAGCGCACAUUCUAUGCACAUUACCUAAAGGAAAUUAUAGGGAGCAUUGCUAGUUACUGCACCAAACAGCUGGAGUGGUUAUAGUUCAGGGAGGUAAUGGGGAAACUUGGGUCCUUUAGAUCUCAUUUAAAGUAGUAGACAGCUAUGCCCUAUACUCCUCUAUCUCAUCACUACAUCUGAUGGAGUGUCCCACCUUGUGCAGAAUGAAGGAAUAUAAUUACAUGUGGGGGAUACACUCUUAACAUAUGUAUAAACUGCUGGCUGCAUACAAAUCCCAAAAUUCCUGAAUGCAUAACUUAUUUGUAGAGAUAUGGCCAUUGGAUCUUUGAUGGUAGGGUUACAGCCUGUUCCAACCACCAUGUUUUCUAUCUCUUGUUUAUAAGUGUUUAUGUAUAAAUGAUACAGAAAAUUGCUGCUUAUUUUGUUUUCCAGCUGUGGCUGUUCAGUUGACUCUCUACCCAGUCGAGGACAUUUUAUUUACUAAAGUGAAUGGCACUGCCAAGAUCUCUUGUUCAUCUAAUGAAACAUUAAGUAGCAUAAGUAGAAUUCAGUGGUAUAGAAAGACUUUUGCAUUGGGAGAACCUCCAAAGGCAAUUGUAAUGUGCACGCGCAACAAUAAUCCACAUAAAUACUUAUGUAAUACUGAUGCAAACAGAACAUCACUAGAGAUAUUUAAUGGGCAAAAAAAUGACUCAGGGAUAUAUUAUUGUUCUUCACUCGAGGCCAUCGCUGAAACAGGGGUACGUUUAAUUGUAGGAGAUGCGUCUACAUCAAAUACCACCGUUCAUCUUCUGGCUCCAAAACAAGUAUCUCUUGAGAUACAAACCAUUCAUCUGACCUGUGUGGUUCAUUCAGUACAACAAAUAAUCCAUUUAAUUUGGAACAUUUCUGGGACUCAUCAUAAAGGCAACGUUAUUGCUAUGGAAGAUCCUACAGGGACUUGGAACUUUCUUAAUCACAUCACGGUUGACAGAACACAUUGGCACAAUGGCACAUUGGCUUGUGAAGUUCAUUUUAAUUCCACUGUUAUCAGUGAUCACCUUGUCAUUGAAGAGAUGAAAAGAUCAUUUGGCAAAAGAUGUUCCAUGUAUCUGAUUCCAGUCUUGACUGGUAUUAUAGUGUUACUUACAAUACUGCUUGGCCAUCUCUUGUGGAUUUUUAAACAACCAGGUCCAAAGAAAACCGAGCGAGAGACCACUGUAACAGACACUCAGGAUGGAAUAGUUUAUGCCGAGCUGAGCAUGGGCUCACUGAAUCCAAAAAUAAAUAAAUGAAGACAAUAUUUAUGGAAACUCUGGUUUUUGGACUGGAACAAGAUACAAUACUUGUAUCUUCAUAAAUGGAUCUUUACCAGAAAAACGUGGCGAAUUAUAGGGCAAAAUAACCAGACGUGUUUUUCACGCUUUGUAUUUUUUCCCAGGUUUGUAAACGAGGUCUAUGGAACAUUAAUGAUAUCUCCUGUAAAAUAUUAAUUAGCACUGCUGAGUCAAUAUACUUAUAAUUUGCAUAGCUAUAUAUUUAUUUCAAGUGUGCUAAGAAAAAAAAUAUACUUUUAAUGGAACUAUUGACAGUUCACAAGUAAGAGGAUCAGAACUAAAAGUGUGUGUUAAAAUCGAGGAGUAUGGUGGAGAAAAAUGAAGGAGAUAAAUGAUAGUGUUGGCCACUCCCCAUUUUAAACCACAACAAUGGCACUAAUCAGUAUAUACGGUAUGUUUGUUCCAUAGUGUGUUGUUUUUAUAUGUAUUAAACGAAUAUAUUUAUG